AUGCCAUUCAACAAGGAGCUCGAUCUGACGAUUGGUAUCACUGGGACCCACGUCCCGCGAGCCAGCGGAUCUAUCACAUGGAAGGAUGGACAUAAGACCGUCCUACCUGCGAUCUUCGAUGAUGAUAACGUGAAUCUAUGUGCUGAAGUUGAUAUCCCGUUGAUCAAAUACAUGGCGCAAUUCCCGCCAUCAAAUAUUCACUCGAAACGCGUGCAACACCUUGCCAGUGACUCGCUAUCAUCUCCAGAUGUGACGCGCAUCAUCUCGGAAUCUCUGUCAAUUCAUAAAUGCGUGAAGAUCACCGGGGUACCAUUCACGCCACCACGAGAGCAAUUUAACACACAUUACCUUGAUGUCGAAUUUGACAUCUCUCCACUUCGGCCGGUGCAGGUCCAUGACGUAGAGAAGCGAUGCCACGACCAUGCUAACCCUCAAAUAUUUGGAAAUAUCAUGUCCUUCUUUGACUCCAUGCAUGAUCCUUCGAAAAUACAAUGCAUUCUGGACGUACCACUGGCUCACAUCACGAUACCGGAUCAAUUAAGGCAUGAAUCUCGAUCACGGACUCGUGCACGGUUGGAACCAAACACGCACGUCCGUUCCUAUACGUUCAAAGGUUCAUCCCGAGAAUUUUACUACAAAGGCUUGGGCGCUGUUACAUCAUGCAGCAUUCUUAACGUAUCCGCAUCACGACGCCGAGGGGACUCUGACAGUGGACGAAACGAUCGUAUCCAACUGCGGAAUCUCUCAGUCAAACUUGCAGAUUAUACCACGAACAUCAAAUGGAUUCAAAAGAACUGCGAUGGUGAGGUCAUAACGCUCAAGCCAGGGGACAUGUUGAUACUGCCUCCUGGAGUCGUGCAUGCGGUGUAUACACCUGUGCCGUCAUUUUCCACUGGAGGCCAUUUCUAUCAUUACUCGUGCAUGCACCUCACCGAACUUUCACGCUUUAUCGAUGCUGAAUCCGCGUCUACGACCACUAAUCAGGACAUGGAGCAUGCAUUGGAGACGUUGCGUCGUAUGGUAAUUGCCAUUCCUUAUCUGUCGCCGAGAAUAGUCCUGCAUAAGAGGCCACUCCUCAGCCUUUGCAUGAUGGCGACGAAAGGACAACAUUAUCGUGCGAAGGGGAGUAGUGCCCAGUCUGCAGAGGACACCGAGACUGCCAUGCCAACCGGAGACAUCGCUGAUGUCGUGUAUCAGUAUUUGGGUGUGUCGAAGCGUCUGCGGGCAGGAGAUAUCUUAUACCCUGGUGAUCAGUAUGACACGGGUUGUGAGAUCGAUCGUGUGGCGCUACUCGCAUUGUUCAAGGAGACAUUGCACCUAUAG